CGUCACUCAGGCUGUCUCGAGCUCUGUGAUACUAAUCCUUGGCUAUAAAUUUCCAACGCCCGCUACCCGGUGCCCUCCGUUUGACUCGACUUUUUUCUUCCUCGCCUCGGCAUAUAAACAGUUUCUGUUGGCCGGGCCUGCGCAAGACAAUACAACUUCGUCCCAUCUUGGUCGCUGUCCUCCCGAUCUCUUUCCCAACCACCGUAGUACUACCCUCGCGCCCACAGGUAGUUGACAUAGUUCAUGUGCCGACGAAUAGCUGAAGGAACAAAGUGGUCACGAUGCGGGCAUUUCCAGCGCCACCUCGUCGUGGCUAUCAUGGACUGCAACUCAAGUCACUGCGAAUGGAGUAUCAUCCAUCCGAAAGGUUGUCGUGAACCCGGUUGCAAAAAAGUAUAUGGAGCCGACGUGCAAAAGGUUGUCGACACCGUAAACGAUGAAUGUUACCAAUGUCGCGCCAUCGCUGCCCGUUCGCCACCCCGCUAAAGACCUCGUCAUGAGGUCUUCCCAAACGAACUAUUCACCUCACCGGCACCUCUCAAACACUGCAUCGCCAUCCCAUCCAUCAACAAUCUUCGUCGUCAACGAACUUCCUUCAUCUCAACAAGUCUUCAUGUAGCCUUUAUAUCUGCCUCUGCUCUGCACGGACCAGCCUCUCUCUCUCCGGAUGUCGUGGAUGGAUUUGGUCCUUUUCGUUGUCGCUUUCGUUAUUGACAUAUACC